UUUUUAGCGAACCUGCCCUACACUCAGACGAUGGGUGGACGUUCCAGAUCUGACAGCAGCCAGGGCUCCCGAAUGAACAUCCGCAAGCGCUAUUCAGAAUUUGACGACCUCCGCCGAUGGCUCGUUCAAACCUUCCCCAACUUUGAGGCGGCCGUGCCGGCGCUGCCGCCCAAAAGCGUGCUGAAGCGGUUUCAGCCGCGCUUUCUCGAGAAACGGAGGGCAGGGCUGCAGUACUUCUUGAACUGUAUCCUGUUGAACCCCGAGUUCUCGGGCUCGCCCGUCUUAAAGGAAUUUCUUUUCUCAUGACCCGACCCAGUUCUGGGAGAUUCUGGCUCACGAGAUGUGCCUGUCCUUAGCAACGAAGACACGAUUCGGGAUAAUGAUUAUCUUGGAUAUCGCUCGCUUUCUCCGCCGUUGCGGCGGUGUGGUUGGCGUACUACACCUAAAUAUAGGUUUGGCAAUUGAGAACUGCACAGGGCUGAGGGCUACCGUGACGGUUUGCCUCCUUCGCGGCUGGCUCCACACAUCAGCAGUGUCCACGCUCUUGGUUAUUACCGUCUUAUUGAGUCUAUAUGCUUCAUCCUCCUUGAAGACCAAUAUUACUGAUCCCAGACAUACAAAUCAAGUACUUCCAAAACCGCUGGUAUGUACCAGCAAGGGCCCGAUGAUAUCGAUGCCAAUGACACCCCGAAACAAACAACGCCAUGCUACGAUGCAAAACCCAAUGCCCAAAGCCAACCCGUAACUCUAACCCAGGCGACUUGUAGAUGUUGAAUGACCUGCCUCCCACUCUGCCCUUCCAUCGCC